UUUGUGUAUAUAUAUAUACCUAUAUAUGUAUAGGUGUAUGGGUAUAGGAUCCUCUUUCUUUGUCACGUAUGUAUUUAGAUAGAUAGAUGAAUAUAUGGAUGGAUGGAUGGAUUGAUUGAUACAUAGUUUCGGAUUGUGGUUUGCCCUAUCGAUAAUACCUCUAAUUUCGAUUUCAAUUCUUAACCAAUUUAGGGUUUUGUUCUUUCUUUCAAUCUUCUUCGAUAUUGUUCUGAGAUGAACAUCGAAACCUGUCAAUUUCUGUAAUUAAUUCCCACUUUCAGACCUUUCUUUGUGAUUCGCUCUCUUCCGAUCCUUUAACUGAGGAUGCCAAACCCCAACGAACGCCUAUUCCUAGACCUUUACCACCACACCCAGAUGAUUUUGGAACCAAAGAUCACACCAGUCUUGAGAGGGAGUCAUCGCAUGCAAGGUCAUUCUGAUGAUGACAUUGAUCAUGAUACUCAGAGGAAUAUGGUUUCAUCUGUAUCUGAAAACGGAUUCAGUGAACAUUCCAUGAGCCAUAAAGUUCCUAUGAAAGGCGAGUCUGGGGCUUGUAACGUUUGUGCUGCUCCUUGUUCAUUGUGUAUGCACUUUAAUCGAUCUCUCAUGGCUUCAAAAACUGAAGAAUUUUCUGACGAAACUGGUCGUGUUGUAAAUGUUGCUAGCCAGUACUCUGUGAAUGUGGGUGACACCUCAUCUUCCUUUAAGAAUAAGACAUGUGACAGUUUACAGCAAGCAAACAGUGAAACAAGCAACCUAAUGAGUGUUAGUUCUAGUCAUGAUUCGUUAUCUGAAAAUGCUGACAGCAAAGCAGGCGUAAGAUCUAAGGCUUUAGACACUGAGGUGCCUCCCGUGGUCUCUGGUGGAAUUAAUGGAGAGAUUGGAGUUCCCCCUAAAGCAGUUCGUACUUACCCACAAGGUUUCUCAAUUAAGUGCGAGGAUUCCAAAGUUGUAGAAGCUCAUGAUGAUGACAUUUCAUGUGUUAGUAGAGCUAAUGACACAUAUGUUGCAAUCAGUAAUAGUAGCAAGAAUGUAGACAAGAAAACUCUUUCAGGUAGUUCAGCUUCAGUUAGUAAUUUAGGUUUAGAAGAAUCAAAAAAGAGACACGAGUCAAAAGUAUGUGAGACGCCAGUUUCAAAAGAUGCAGAUGCUAGCAGUAGCUACUCUAAGGAAAAAUUAGUUGAUUGCACUUCUGAACAAAUUGGUGCCUCAUCGAAAGGAGCUGCAGCAGCUGUUGAUGGUGUUUCUUCUCAGAAAUCUCCUGUCCAUACUGAUAAUCCCACAACAAUAUCACCGAAGCUGGAAGCAGAGAUCACUAGUGAUAUUCAGGAGUCAACAGGCAAAACUUUGAAAUGUUCAGGUCAAGGUGAGAGAGAUGAGAAGUCAAGUGAAUUUGACGUGCCGGAACCUCCUUUGAAAACCGAAUAUGAUGAUAGUGAUGAAUCGGACAUUGUGGAGCAUGAUGUUAAAGUAUGUGAUAUUUGCGGGGAUGCUGGUCGUGAAGAUAUGCUAGCUAUAUGUAGUAGGUGUAGUGAUGGCGCAGAACAUACCUAUUGCAUGCGAAAAAUGCUGAGGAAGGUUCCUGGAAGUAAUUGGAUGUGCGAAGAAUGCAAGUUUGCUGAAGAAAUCAAUAGCCAAAAGCAAGAAGUGGAGGGAAAGAGAAUGAGCAAAGCCAGUUCAAGUACACAAGUUCCGUCCAAGAGACAUUUAGAAAAUCUAGAAGCAACCCCUGCUGCAAAAAGGCAGGCCCUUGAGUCAAGUGUAGGAUCACCUAAAUCCUCCAGCUCUAACAGAGUGCCAUCGCUAUCACGUGAGUCUUCAUUUAAGAACUCAGAUAGGGAGAGAAUAAGGCCUGCGCGACCGGCAUCUUUAGGCAAGCAAUCUGCUAAUGAUAUGCUUGAAAGUUCACGCUCUCCUGCAGCUGGUCAUCACAUUCAAAAGGGAGCACUGUUUAAGUCAAAAUCAUUUAGCGCCUCAAAUUCCAAACCAAAAGUUAAACUUGUAGAUGAAGUUAUUCCUGAAAAGCAAAGGGGAAGUAAAGAGCACAUGUCUCAUGAUACGAAGGAGAGGCCUGGAAGACUGAUAAGCAAAUCAAUGUCAUUUAAAUCUACAAACACGGGGCGCUCAAGUGCCGGUGAUUCGAAAGUAAAAAUGCUUUCACCUAGGUUUGCCCCUGCUGUUGAUAUAAAAGGAUCGAAACAAGUGAGAGAGCGGCCUACAUUUGAGAGAAAACAUUUAUCCAGACUAGAUCGCCCCCCUGUUUGCUCAACAACUAGCUCUACUGUUUCAACUCCUAAGGCUGACCAAGCAUCUCGUGUUGAAUCCAGUCUGAUUUCUUUUGCUAGUAAUAAUCGAGAUUUAAAAGUUCAAUCUGAAGGAAAAUCAAGUACAUCAAAAUCAAUUGGUAACCUAGCUCGUAAACCUGUAGAGACUCCAGUUUCUUCAGUCGGAGUUUCUUGUGCUAGCGGAGUUAACAACUCUGGUACUGAAGCGAAAUCAAAUCAUAAUAUCAUCAAGGAUGAAGCCUUAUCUACCUGUUCAUUUAAUUCUGAUAAACCAUCUAACAAUGUCGAUGGAGUUAUGGAGGAUGGGUUAACUCGAUCACAGGAUAUAACACAACAGACAGAGAAACUAAAGGAGAGCGCUGCUGUUCGCCCAAGGCCGACUAUUACAACUAGUUCUAAAAGUACCGUCUGUCAAAAAUGUAAAGAAAUCGGCCAUUCUGCAGAGUCUUGCACAGGUGGAAGUUCACAGGCCUCUGGUAUUGAUUCUUCUGGUGCUAGAAGUUCUAGGGAGGAGACACAAAAGGGCAGUAGAUUGAAAGAUGCAAUUCAAGCCGCUUUGCUUAGAAAGCCUGCAAUACAUAGAAGAAAAAGAGUUGACGAGCUUUUGACACCAAACUCAGAUUUGAAUUCAGAAAUAUCCAGUCAAGACCAAACAUUGUCUCUAAAUAAGCCAAAAAAUAUUAUUCCUCCUGAAGGAACAUAUGAAAUGCGGCAAGCAGUUCCAGUGAGUACCGCCUGUGAUUCUAUCCAUACAACUGCGAGCAAGAUGAUGCAUCAGACUGUGCCUACACCAGAUUCUAAAUUCUCUUGUAAAGUAGAGGAUUCGGAAGUAGUUGUCCCCUCUGUCGUAAAACCUAUGGUGAAGGAUUUUAUAAGUUAUGCACUGGCAACGUCGCCUCAACUUCUGAAGACGCCAGCCAUUCCAGAAUAUGAAUACAUCUGGCAGGGUUGUUUUGAGAUCAAUAGAAGUGGCAGCUCUCUCGAUUUAUGUGGUGGAAUCCAAGCACAUUUAUCAACUUGUGCAUCCCCCAGGGUACUUGAAGUAGCAAGCAAAUUUCCACAGAAACUCUUACUGAGUGAAGUUCCUCGCCUGAGUGCAUGGCCAGCACAGUUUUAUGAUGGCGGUGCUAAAGAUGACAACAUUGCUCUCUACUUCUUUGCCAAAGAUCUCGAGAGCUAUGAGAGAAAUUACAAGGGCUUGUUGGAUGGUAUGAUCAAGAAUGAUUUAGCUCUUAAAGGAAAUCUUGCGGGUGUUGAAAUUCUAAUAUUCCCCUCGAAUCAUCUCCCAGAGAAUUCACAACGUUGGAAUAUGUUAUUCUUCUUAUGGGGUGUGUUCAGGGCAAGGAGGCCGCGUUCCGCUGAUUCAUCCAAGUUACAUCUCCCCAAUUAUAGUACGAUGUCCAUGGACAAAUAUGCACCUAAAGCUGUCAUGACAGUGUCGGAUACACUCUGUUUACCCAAGUGUAUAGAUGAAGAAUCUUCAGCAAGUGACAGAUAUUGUAGUCCGGUCUUAGCUUCUAGUCCAAGUGAUCAGGCAUGUGCUGGAAUUAGCGGAGAUUGCAACAACCAAAAAGUUUCUGAACCAGUGUGUUCGGGAUUAAAAGCUAACUCAAUUCUGGAAGAUAGUAUAGUUGACUUAAAAUACAUAGGCAAUGUGGUCACUCCAAGCGGAAUGCAAGAAAUAAGUCCUCUAGAGAACAGGCCGACCACAGAGCCGAAACCUUUUGUUGCUAUCACCAAAGCAAACAGCUCUAACAUAGGUGAGGAAACGAAAAUGCAUUGCGAUAUCAAGGAUACCUCAUCUUCAACACCGAAGAUUCUUCCAUCUUUAAAUGACGAUGUAGAACUUACAGAAACAGAUUGCGAGGAAAAAAGUUUAGACGGAAGAAUUGGUGCCACUGCCAGUACUGUCGGUGAUUGUAGGGCUUCAGAUGGAACUAAUAGAAGUGGUGGAGCGCAGGGAGAUAAUGAUGGGUUUGUGAAUAAGAAAACAGCGUUAGUAACGGAUUUGAACAGCAUAGAAGUUGAGUGUUCGUCGGACAGCAUAGGAGUUGAGUGUUCUUCUAUGGAAAGGAAACGGCCUCACAUAGAUCUUUCAGAGGCCCCUCAAGCUUCAAAUGUUACAAGUCAGAACAGUACUCCUUGGAAUGGAGUUAAUAAUCUGCUGUUAGAUGAAGAAAUUUUCGUGAAGAGGCGAAAAACUGUUCCAACUGACGUGUACGGUUGUGGUAGUCAUAGUUGUAGUAGAGAUUCUCUUGGAUCAAAUAGGAAGAAUUCGAGUCCCUACUUAUCUACAACAGAGGAGAAGAGAUGUGUCGAAGCUUGUGAUGAGAAAGUCAUCCCCGAGGACUUAGGAACGACCGAAAGGCGCUUCUUUCCCGUGGAUUCACGUCAAGGAAACAGCUCUGCAGGUUGGAAGAAUAUGGUGUUGGGCGGAAACGAUGAUGGGUUUCCAAAUUUGGAGCUCGCGUUAGGAGCAGAGACAAAACCGCCGCUACAGAGUAACAAAGCUAUGCCAUUCUUUGUGGGUUUGGUUGAUAAGAAAAACAAACAGGAGAAGCCUCCUCCAGAUAAACCGAUAGAGGUUAAAGAGGAAGACGAUUCUUCAUCCCUUAAAUUGUCUCUUUCGUUCCCAUUCCCGGAUAAAGAAGAAGCUGUUCCAGUUAAAGCAGUAGCGAAAUCGGAACAACCGGGGGACAACAGACAUCAUCAUAAUAACCAUCCUCCUCCUGUGAAUACCUCAUUGCUCCUGUUUGGGGGUUUCCCAGAAAAAUAGAAUGUACAUUAUAUUAUUACUUAGUAUUAUUAUUAUUAUUAUUAUAAUAUAGUUAUUAUUAUUAUUAUGAUUAAUAAUAAUAAUACUUAAGAGAAAGAGAGAGAAAGAGAGAGAGUUCACUUCACAAUCCAAAUACCAGCACAGCAGAGGGCUUUGGUGGUUGGGGCCUUGGGGGCAUUUUAGGAAUUUGUUCAUAUCCCAUUACACAACAACAACAAGAAGUUACUAAUAAUUUUUCUUUUUACCUUUUAGUCAUCAGUCAACUUUGGUCUCUCUUUCUUUUCUUUUUUUUUUAAUAUUUUUAGUGUUUAAUUUUGGGUGGGUAAAAGGGUUUGAUCAUAUCUUGGUUUUUGACUGUUUUUUGUAUAUAAAGAGAAUGUGAUAGCCGCCGGCAUAAUUUGGAGACAAUAGGAAAUGAAAUGGCAACAAAGGAAAAUGGACAUCUUCUUGUUCUUUUGAGUA